AUGCAGCUCUCUCCUGUAAUGGUAGCCGAAAUCGCAGCUUCCAUGGAACGGACACUCCACAAUGGCUACACCAAACUCAAGGAGUGUGAAUCCCUUGUUGGCAAAUGUGUGCAUGCCUGUCAAAUUAUACCCCAAGGCUUAGCAUUUGUCCCCCCUUUGCACAAAGCACUCAGAAGUGUCAAGACAGGCCUCCAGCCAACAGUUCAGAUACUUCAUGAAUCUCCCCAGUGGCAUGCUCUUUCCAAGCUCUGGACCAUCAUCAAGUUUUUGGGGAAUGCACCAGUGUACUGUGCUCGGCUGGGGAUCCAGUGUCACCUAGAAGACCGAGAUGUCUUUGACAAGUGUGAUCUUUCGGGAAAGCAGCACCCAAAGUAUGAUAUCUUUCACAAGAAGAUCCAAAAGUCGGGCAGGCGUAUUGAUGCUGUCAGCAACCACCGUCCUUCCAGGACAAACUCCAAAUAUGAGGUCCUGGUCCAAUGGGCCAGUGGUGAAGCCUCCUGGGAAGACAUGGGGAGUAUCUUCAAUGACGACCCCGUGUCUAUCUCCACCUAA